CUCCCAUUAUUGAAAGAAAACUGAUGUUUGCUAUCUUAUAUGUGGUGGAUUAUAGGGAACAAUGAGCUCUGCAAGUGAAAAUGAAUUAGACUGCCUUGGAUGGGCGGCAAGGGAUGCAUCUGGAGUUCUCUCGCCGUACAAGUUCAGCCGUAGGGCUGUUGGAAGAGAUGACGUUUCAAUAAAAAUCACGCACUGCGGAGUCUGUUAUGCUGAUUUAGUUUGGACCAGAAACAAAACGGGAGACUCAAAGUAUCCUCUAGUGCCUGGGCAUGAGAUUGUUGGAAUUGUGAAAGAGGUUGGUUCUGAUGUCCACCGUUUCAAAGCUGGCGAUCAUGUUGGGGUUGGAACUUUUAUUAACUCAUGCAGAGAAUGUGAAUAUUGUAAUGAUGAGAUAGAAGUUCAUUGUAAAAGGGGAGUAGUUUCCACUUUUAAUGGCAUCGAUGUGGAUGGUACAAUAACAAAAGGAGGAUACUCCAAUUACAUUGUUGUCCAUGACAGGUACUGCUUCACAAUUCCUGACAGCUAUCCAUUGGCUUCAGCAGCACCUUUACUCUGUGCUGGAAUUACAGUUUACGCUCCCAUGAUGCGCCAUAAGAUGAAUCAGCCUGGUAAAUCUCUAGGAGUGAUUGGCCUUGGUGGUCUUGGUCACAUGGCAGUGAAGUUUGGGAAGGCUUUGGGGCUGAACGUGACAGUUUUCAGCACAAGCGUAUCCAAGAGAGAGGUAGCCCUGAGUGUGCUUGGUGCAGACAGAUUUGUGGUUUCAUCCAACCAAGAGCAGAUGGCGGCCUUGGCUAAGUCAUUGGACUUUAUAAUUGACACUGCAUCUGGUGAUCAUCCUUUUGAUCCAUACAUGUCACUCUUAAAGGUUGCUGGUACUCUGGUCCUGGUGGGUCUCCCUAGUGAGGUCAAAUUCAGUCCACUAAGCCUUUUACGAGAUAGGAUUACUGUUUCUGGUAAUGCAACUGGAGGUACAAAAGAGACACAAGAAAUGUUAAACUUCUGUGCUGCUCACAAAAUUUAUCCCGAGACUGAUGUAAUUCCUAUUCAGUAUGUAAAUGAAGCUCUUGAAAGGCUGAUAAAGAGAAAUGUCAAGUACCGGUUUGUGAUUGAUGUGGAAAACUCCCUGGAAUGACACCAUGUAGAAAAAGAGGGACCUCUCUCUUUCAAUUUAUACACUAAUAAGUUAAAAGUGGAUUUUAGAAGCUAGACCAGAUACCAGAUUGAAACUCAAAGAAUAAGGUCAUUGGUGAUAUUUCAUUGCUGAGUGGCAUAAUAUUCGCUUUUAUGUAACCAUAUGUAGGUCUGAAUCUUCUUCAUAAUUCAAGUAGUUGAAAUAAUUUGAAGUUACUGGGUUAUAUUUGCUUUUCCCAUUA